UCUAUCUGUAUUCGUCAUAAUUUCAAAUGCAGCGGGGCAUUUGUUCGCCUUCAUUUGUCUCCCGGAAGACUGCUUCAAAUCCGGCUUCAGCUGUCUGCUGUGUGUUUCCACAAUGUCUAACUUAUUUGUCAAAGUUUUUCCUUCUUACGGUUCUAGUUUUAGCCUCCUCCGACUGUAUUCUUCCAAACCUAAACCGUACAUUUACCGUAAACCUGCUAAAUUUUACACUCCACAUGACGUCUUUCGACAGAAACUUGGUUUAACAAAAUGGUUGAAUCAGACCAAAGAACUUCAAGAAUAUUCAGACUAUUCUUUUCAGGAUGGAAGACCAACUCCAGUUACACCUGGUCAACUUAAAAAGAUUCAACGACAACAAGCUUUAGCGGCUGCUGCGGUUCUUCAUUUGAAAGAAAUUAAAUUUAUUCUUGAUAGAGAAACUCAUAAUAAGCAAAGUGCUAGUACCGAGCGUCAACAAAUAAUUGAAGGCAAAUUAAAACCCAAGGGGGACAAACUCUUGAAAAAGAAUGCUUGAGUAUAGCCCUUUAAUUUAAUCAGCUUAUAUAUUAUUGCAAAAGCUUUAACUUUGUAAAUAAAUAAAUAAAUAAAUAGGAUGGGAGCAAAGACAUACUGAA